AUUUCAAACUAUCUCUAUCUGAAAAAAAUGCAAACCUCUUAUCUGGUAUUCCUCGAUCAAACGUUCCUAGAUAUUCGCAGAAUGACGAUCUCCGUUGUGGAACAGCAUUUUAGUAUCAGUAAAAUACUUCUGCGUGCAGUUGCCAUAUGGCCUUAUCAUCGAACGAAACUUGUUAAAUUUCACCUGAUCUUAUUUCAUAGUAUUUUGAGUAGCUUUGUCCUAUUUCAGUUGACAACAUUUUUAACUACAGAAUGCACACCUGAAAUGGUAAUUAAAAUUUUAUGCUACACAUCGUAUUCCAGUAUGUAUGUUUUAACAUACAAUUCCUUUUGGCUUAAUGUCGAUAAUAUAAGAUGUCUAUUGGAGAAAUUUCAAUAUAUAUGUGAUGAGCUAACAGACGAAGGCGAAAUCGCUAUCAUAAAACUAUACGGGAACGGGGCGAAACGUUUUACAAUUAUGGUUUUAUUAUGCACCAUGUCCAACUUAAGUAUUGCGUGUCUUCUACCAUUUUUCCCGCGAAUUCUUCGUACUUUUACGUCCAUAAAUGUGUCUGAAGAACAUUUUACGAUACAUGUUAUAAGAGAAUAUUUUAUCGAUCAAGAAAAAUAUUACUAUUGUAUUUUGCUGCACUUCGACGUAAGCAUCUUUAUAGGAACACUUGUAACAACAGCAACAGGAACACUGUUGUUUGGGUGCAUCAAAUAUAUUUGUGGAAUUUUUAGAAUCGCCAGUUAUCGUAUUGAUCAAGCAAUGCAGACUGCGACACUACACCAUGCUGUUUUGUCGAACAAUUUUAUAAUUUAUAAGAAGAUCGUACGUGCCAUAGACAUUCAUCGCAAAGCAGUAAAAUUAUGUGAUAUAAUAACAUCCAAUUUCGUGGGAACAUUUUUUAUAAUGAUGAUAGUUUGUAUUAUUAGCUUAAGUCUCAAUCUCUAUGGACUUCACCAGGCUCUGAUGCUUAGAAGCGCCACGGAGGACUAUGUAGCAUAUGUUUCAUUUACAGCCGCUCCUUUAGUGUACAUAUUCUUCGCCAAUUAUGCUGGACAGAAGAUCACAGAUCACCAUAAUUAUAUAUUUACCAGUGUAUACAACUGUAAGUGGUACAUAACUCCUUUAUAUAUACAAAGGAUUAUUUUGUUCCUGUUACAAAAAGGCACUAAUACUUAUUAUCUUAUUUUUGGUGGGAUAUUGGUGUUGUGUAUGGAGAAUGCAGCAAUGAUGGUAAGCACUUCCAUAUCGUAUUUCACCGUUCUCUAUUCUACACAGCAAAGUUCACGAUAUAAUUAAAUAACCUGAAUUAAUUAAACAAGAGUGGAUUACACAUAUCAGAGUUCGUAGUCAAAUUCUUAUUUUCGCAAACAGAUGAUAUGUAUCGCAAAAAAGAAAUUGCUCAGAGGAACAAAUCAUAAUAUUUUCCUGUGUAUAGAAAACUGUAAUAAUUAUACUCUGUUCACGGAGAAAUUGCCCGGGCUCAGUCAUGCUUUUCGUCCGGUUCGGUCAGAUCUCGCCUAACGCCUAUUUUGCUCUCUCUCCACUCCAUGCCGCGAGAGAAGUAUGCACAAUGAUGCCACAUUCCGUGUAUUUGGUAGCAUGCGGUAGCUUUCUGUCUCACUCUCGCUCGGGCGAGUUGAGUCGCGCAUACGGCACUACGUAGCGCCCUUGACUUUCCGCCCAAAGCUCCGCGAAGCCUGGGCAAUCUCUCUGUGAACGGAGUAAAUGAAUUCAACAAUAUUUAAGUACGUAUUUUAGGUUUCAUCCUGUAUUCUAUAUGUUGUCUGUGAUUGAUGUUUCAACAAAGCAUAUUUUACAGUUCCGGCAAAAGUUCGAAAUACAAAACGAACGACGUAGCAAUUUUUAAGACCGUAUUUUAAGGAAAUCUAGUUUGGAAUAAACCAGAGGUUAUCAUGUACUCAAAUAAAUGAUAUACGUUUGCGCG